UUUUCGCGAUAAAGCAACAUCGAAAAUUGACAGAUCGUACAGAUCGCUACUUGCGGGAAAUUCGGAUUAAAGGUUUUCCCACCUGUGGAACUCAACAAGAAAGAAAAUUUACUGGUUGCAUUUUUGAAGUAGCAGUAGUGGUCAUCAAAAGUGACGCUAGGUAGGAAUGAUUUAUGAUGGAUAUAUUGAGGAUUUUUUCAUCUGUGGUUUAAGUUAAAUAUGACGCCUUACCCAUAAAGCCACCAAACGCACCCACACAAUCAUGAACAUCACUCAGCCAAUCAUCAGAGCCUUCAGCCAAAUACCGACCGCACAAACCAACUUUUCAUCCAUAGAUCCAGACUCACCAAGCGAAUCAUGCGAGAUUCUUCCGAGCGACUACACCACCAGACAAGUGACUUUCUCCAGUGUAGUUUACACCACAUACGCUAUAAUUUUCGUGGUUUCACUAGUGGGCAAUUUAUGCGUGUGCUACAUAGUGAUGCAAUCGCCCAGAAUGCGAACCGUCACCAACUAUUUCAUCUUGAACUUGGCCAUUGGUGAUAUUUUGAUCUCGUUGUUGUGCGUGCCGUUUACUUCGGUCACUAUUAUGUUACAGUAUUGGCCCUUUGGGGCAUUUAUGUGCCCUUUGGUGAAUUAUGUUAGUACUUUGAGUGUGUUUGUUAGCGCCUAUACUUUGGUGGCAAUAAGUAUAGACAAAUGGCUGUUAAUCAUUUACCCCCUAAAACCGAGAAUCUCGAAACGGUUUGCCACGGGCAUCAUUGCGGCGGUGUGGGUGUUUGCCGGGAUUACAGUGUUACCAACUGGCAUUUUCGCUCGGAUGAUACAACCCCCGGUAAAGGAUGAAUUCGAUGCGUAUCAGAGAUGCGACAAGUAUUUGUGUCAAGAGGAUUUCACGGAAGUGGGAGAGGUUUAUGGUGUCACUUAUACGACGGUACUGAUGAUAUUUCAGUACAUCAUUCCUUUGAUCGUGUUGAUUUUCACUUACACGAGUAUCGCGGCUAUUAUAUGGUGCCGCAGGAUACCUGGGGAAGCUGAAAAUAAUCGGGAUAGAAGGAUGGCCAGGUCAAAAAGAAAGAUGAUCAAAAUGAUGAUAACCGUGGUACUGGUCUUCACCAUGAGUUGGUUGCCCUACAACUUAUUUAUGUUAUUCCAUACAAGCAUCGACGUCACCUUCCAGCCGUACCUCUACGUCUUCGUCCACGUCUUGGCCAUGUCCCACGCCUGCUACAACCCCAUCAUCUACUUCUACAUGAACACACGCUUCAGGGAAGGACUCUGCCUCAUACUGAAAACUCUACCGUGCUGUAGAAGCUGCUACAUGAGAAAGAGCCACGGCUCCAUGGGCUCUGGAUUCCAACAUAAUGCUGGUAUAGAAGGAACCGAUAGUAGCCUACUACAACGAAACAACACCUUCACCACCUACAUCACCCUUAACCGAAAAAACAACCGACUAUCGACCUACCAAAACACCACCCGACCCCCAUCUUUGAUGCGUCACAAUCAACACUCCAACGGUAUCAAUAAUAGUAGACGCAAGAAGUUGGGAAAGGACUUUGCAGAUGAGCCUAUGUAAGGCUAAUAAUAUUUAUAGAUGUAGUAAAUUACGUGUAAAAUUUUAUGGAUUUAGUAUACGAAUAUGGAGUUUUAAGACUUUACAUAUCUCCUUAUAUGUUCUUGUAAUAAUGAUGUAAUCGAAUAGUUUUAAGGCGCUUUAUGUUAAGGUUAGGUCACGUAGAAGACAUACGGGGAAAUAUACUAUUACUAAUCUAGUUACAAGGAAAAGUAAUCGUUAGUAUAGGGUUAGUAAGUAAUCAAUUACAGGAUGAAUUUUCGAUUUAUUUACUGACUUUUUUACUAUAUGGGGGUGAUUCUUUGAUAUAUUGAAUAUGUUUUCUUUAUCUCUCUCUUUCGCAUGGAGGCCUUAUGGAAAAUACCCGAAAUAUUUGUUGAAUAUACGUCAUUAAGAAGGCAAAAGCAAGGACUAAUUUAACGCGAUAAAAAAAAUUUAAUAUGCUUGCUAAAAGACGAAACAUCGUAUCACAAGAUCCCAAUGGUCACCCUUGUUUUUGGGACACCCUGUAUAUCACUGAAAAUAAUGAGAUUUUGUUUACCAUUUCCAUUUCAAAGUCAUUUAUUUUAUUUAAAAAACGUCUAUUAAUAUUUAUACGCAUUUACAUUCUAAAUGAUAUAAUAGGCAAAAAUAAAUAUUAAUUAUAUUAAACUAUUUGAUGUAUAUAUACAUAAGUGUGCAAAUAUGAACUCUUUAUUUAAAUAUAAUUGUUUAUAAGAGAAGAGCGUUUAUAUAAAUUUUAUUCUUUAUAUUAAAUUUUUCUUAUUAUUGUAAAACUUAUAUUUUACAUAAUUAUUAACUUUGGCCUAUUUUAAUUAAAUUAUUUAUGGUUAAUAUCAAUUUGGAUUAUAU